AUGCUGGCUGAGGUGGCGCGGCGGCGAUCGUCGUGGUUACGCUCAUUGCCAGCCGCUCAGCAUUUACCCCGAACUCUUCAGUUGUAUGCAACUUUUCAACCUUGUGAAAAAAGAAAGACAGGUCCGCGGGUGAUGGUACGCAAAGACCUGAGAUCACUUGGAGACAAGUCUCAAAGUCUUGACGCCCAUCUACAACUGCAUGUGAGCGGUGAUUGCAAUGCGCUCAUUGGUGCUGAUUUGAAAUCUCAAACCGAGGAGCCGUUUGAAGGCAAAAAGAAGGUGGUAAGGCAGCCAGUUAUACUGCCGGCGGACGCGGAAGCUGGGGUCUUUCCAUCGCUCAUUGCCAGCGCUUCACCGGCCGAAUUUGAUCUUAACAGAGCACGGGAUAGUCUGCAAAAUAUGAGAAGUGAUCUGAUGGACCGUCGUUUAGCAGUGAUGAAAGAGUCUAGAUAUCAGCGAGCACGGAGGAGACUCAAGGCAGCAACGGGCAAGCUGGAUCGCAUGCUGUACGCUAUGUGCCAGCAGCAGGACUACCAGCAAGUCGAGGCCGUAGCUUUUCUAUGGGAAAAAGAAUUUCCACAGUUUGCAGGACAGCGAAAGCACUGGUCCGUUAUUUCAGAACACUAUGCCUUAGUGCUUAACUGCCAGCAACGAUUUCAAGACGUCGUCAACAAAUUCUCGUUCUGUUACAAAGAAGAAGAUCAGAGUGCUGAUAAUCUCAGCGUCUUAACUCCACGACUGGCUCAAUCGAUUUUCGUUGCGCUUGGACAUCUGCGUGAUGCUGCUGGUGCUCUAAAAUUAUUAGAUACAAUGCAGCACCGUGGUAUUCAUGUGACAAAAGUUUCGUACUUUCACGCGCUCAACGCUCUUUUGCAUGACCAGACUUUCACUGAUUUUGAGUGUGUGCUGCAACUUUGCGAGGAAAUAGUCACCAAGUUGCCCGGAGAAAACGUACCUUUGUCGCUGUUGCCAAUGGUUAUGAUGACUGCCGCAGCUUGUGGCGAAUCCGAACGGGCAAUGAAGUUCUACAGCCACCCACCAGAUUUACCCAUGUCGAUUUUCACUGAGUUUAGAUUUGACGUUUGCUUGCAACAGUUGGCUCAUCUUGGCGAAGACAAAAUGGUGAUGGAGAUAUACCGCAAUGUAAUGGCGUCACGCAAAGCUAGCCGCGAUCUCAAACAAAGGGUAUCUAAGUUUCUUUUCAAGAAGCAACUUGUGCUGGUAACAACUAAUUCUCGCUGUAAACGUCUCGGUGCGGCAUGCAUAAUUUUGAAAAUUAUGAACAAGCACCAAAUUCUUGUGAGUCACCAUGCUAUCUACCCCUUAAUGCGUGCACUCUUUCUUAAACCGCUGCCAGUAUAUCACAUAAACAGCGUUAUUGAUGCCAAAGAUGACCAAAAGUUUCAUUUUCGAGUUCAAUCUGCGGAAGACCUGCACAAUUUUUUUUUGCAGUUUUCUAACUCGUUGAAAUGGAAUGAAUUUGCACUAUGUGAAGCUGUCAUUGCUGCGGUUCGCGCUGAUCGUGCUGAUUUGGUUGACAGUCUAUGUGUUUACGCGUUAAAUAAUUGCAUUUCAAUCAAGUACGCAGCGUUAGAGCAGAUGGUGGUAUAUUACUAUCGAUCGGGUCUCAUCAACGAUCUUGAGCGUGUGUCUACCAUGGUGCGUGCAUUGCGUUUAAACAAGCACAUUCCUCUAGGGAUUGCAGUGACAGAAAUUGGAAUGACAGCUAAUUUCCGGCUGCAUCGAUACGAGGAAGUUGUCAUGCUCUUCGAAGAUUUCUCGUCUUUGGACGGUGAGCGGAGACGAGUUCUAACGCGCAAGUUCAUGCUUCGGACGGUGCUUGAAGCGUACAAAAAUUUGGGACUAAGUGACAAAGCAAUGGCGAUUCAAGAGCUGCUUCGCCAGCAUCAAAGCAGUUUACUGGAUAGUUCUGAUUUUUUUGGUGAAGAUGAACUGAUGGCAACGAGUCUUCGUAAUGAUGAUGUCUCGGCAACAAUUACAAGCGAAGAUAGCGAAGAUAGCGCAGAUUACUACAAUUGCACUGGCAAAAUCGGUGAGCAGGAGCGGGUAGCAUUGCAAGGAUUGGACCGCUACAAGUCUCACUGA